CGGCCAUAUUUGUAUUUUGUUUUGCUUCUAGGGAAUUUUUCUCUUGCAAAGAGAAGCUGGAAAAGUGUUUUUUCGACCACUAAAGUGCACUAAAACAGUAUUAGAAUUGAUAUUAAAUUCCUAAGACACCAAGGAAGAGGAUAGAGUAUCCAGAAUGUCGGCGGGUCCGUACAAUUAUAACUACAUCUUCAAGUACAUCAUAAUUGGUGAUAUGGGAGUGGGCAAGAGUUGCAUUCUUCAUCAGUUUACAGAGAAGAAGUUCAUGGCCAAUUGCCCGCACACAAUAGGUGUAGAGUUCGGCACGAGGAUAAUUGAGGUGGCGGGUCAGAAGAUUAAGCUUCAGAUCUGGGACACGGCUGGCCAGGAGCGAUUUCGUGCUGUGACCAGAUCGUACUAUCGCGGAGCCGCUGGUGCUCUGAUGGUGUACGACAUCACGAGGCGAUCGACCUACAAUCAUUUGAGCAGUUGGCUGACAGACACGCGAAACCUGACAAACCCCAGCACUGUGAUCUUCCUCAUUGGCAACAAAUCCGAUCUCGAGAGCACACGGGAAGUCACCUAUGAGGAGGCCAAACAGUUUGCCGAUGAGAAUGGCUUGAUGUUCGUGGAAGCGAGUGCAAUGACUGGCCAGAACGUGGAGGAGGCUUUUCUGGAGACAGCCAAGAGGAUUUACCAGAAUAUUCAGGACGGUCGUCUGGAUCUGAACGCUUCGGAGUCGGGUGUGCAGCACAAACCGUCCCAGCCGAGCCGAACCACCCUCAAUAACGAUACUCAAGCGCAGAAGGAUAAUUGCGCCUGCUAAUUCAGUUGUAUGUACAUUUUCCUUAGUUUCCCAAAUCGUAUCCCCUUCAAUGUCCAGUUUUCCUCAAUAUAUCUACAGAUUAACAUGAAGAGAAUCACCAAAAAAAAUCUGCGCGUUUGAUUGUAUCUUAGAGCUACAAUAUCUUUCCUCAUUGUGAACGUCUUUGCCUCUUAUCCAUCUCUCUGGGUUUAGAGAGAUGAGGAAGAGGGAAUUUCUGAUGAGGUUCAUUAAUAGAGAAUUUUUGUAAAUAAAAUAAUCGAUAACAUUUUAUCUAUAGAAGAGAAAAUUAGAAGUGCAAAAAAUAGUUCAUGAGCACCUUUUGGGAGUCUCUUGUUAUCCAAUGGAAAGAAACACAGAAACAAAACCACGUAAACAUGUCAGAGAAAGAAGUGAAAGACUCUCAUUGAGGAGGCAAAUAUGAAAUGUGUAUAUGUAAUGUUAGAAAAUGUGUGUCCUCAUUGUUUUUUCUUUUUCGUAAGGAUUGAAUAGGAAAAAGUGUAUUAAGAGGAGCCCUAAAUAUUUGAAAUUAAUUAAAACAAAAAGAAGAGAAUAAUCAAAUUACCGUUUCAUCAUCUGAGAAAUCCGUAAAAAUUUGUCCUAGUGUUGAAAAAGAUGGAAAAACAAUUUAUAAGGAAAAAAAAUGCAGUGAAAAUGUACCAAUAAUUGGUGCUCUUUGACAUUA